ACGAGAUUUUCCUUACCAUCGGAAGUACAAUAGCCCCUUGGGUCUAUUCAAAUUCUCUCUUCAUUAAUACAACGUAGUAGACACUCUCAACUUUGUCCCCAAAGAUUUCAAACCAUGCUUGAAACUCCUAACCAAGUGGUCUUCUGGGACCUUGACUCUAAGCUUCCAACUAAGGUUUGGUCGCCAAACACCAUGAAGGUCAGAUCGGUCUUAAACUUCAAAAGGAUUCCUUAUACUACGAAAUUUCUCCCAUUCACUGCCUUCCCUCCGUUGCUUGAGAAGGAGGGGAUCAAGCCUUGGCCGCGGGCCCCUCACUACACCUUACCUGUCAUCUCUCACAAAGGGAAGACGAUCAUGGGCAGUGACCAAAUUGUUGCGUAUUUGGAGAAAGAAUUCCCACACACCCGAAGCGUCUACCCUACCCCUGGAGCAUUGGAAGAGUCUAAGGCAAUGUGUAAGCUUGUGCCAAGAAUCUUUUUUGUCAUAGGCCCUACUACUGCCGCCUUCAUUUCUAGUAUUAUGGAGGAUGUCGACCAAAAGUACUUUUUGUGGAAGUUUGACGAAAGAGAUGGAAUUAUUGAUAUCCCAAAGUUCUUGAACAACCCAGUGGCGGUCCUGGAAAAAUGGGAUCUGAUUCAACGCUUUUAUAAUAAUUUUGAGGGCUUCACCUCCAAGAAAUUCAGUGCUGAGCAGUUAGGCCGCUUGAAGAGCGGCAAGUACUUGUUUGGUGACUAUUGCAGCUAUGCAGACUUGCUUUACUUCAGCUUGCUCUUCUGGGUCCUAAUCGGGUACAGCCAAGACAAGAGUAGAACCUCCGAGUUAGUCACCGAUGAGUGGUUGAAAGCGUGGUACAACAGAAUGCUCGUUUACAGUUCUAACACCACGCCUAGGUUAUAGUCACCUUUCCUUUUUAAAUGAAUACAUGACGUA